AUGAACGAAGACAACAUUUUAAGUUUUACAGCGACUAGUAACAACACCGACCAAUUUAUUAAUUCAUCUUAUCAAAAUAUUUCCUCCUUCCUAGGAGCUAAUGGAUACAAGAACAUCAUUGACAACAAAUGGAUCCAAGGUGUAUUCUGUGUCUUAUAUACUAUUAUUUUUGUCCUUGGACUUUUAGGGAACAUUUUAGUUUGUUUCGUUGUCAUAAGAAACAAAGCGAUGCAGACCGUUACAAAUCUAUUUAUCACUAAUUUAGCCCUCUCGGAUAUUUUACUUUGUAUAUUUGCAGUUCCUUUCACGCCACUUUACUCUUUCCGUGGCUCAUGGAAUUGGGGUUCUUUGUUAUGUCAUGUAAUGCCUUUUGCACAAGGGUGCAGCGUAUACAUAUCUACAUUAACAUUAAUGUCUAUUGCCAUCGACAGGUUUUUUGUAAUUAUUUAUCCAUUUAGACCUAGAAUGAAAAUAGAGACAUGCAUUACAGUCAUCAUUAUGAUAUGGACAUUUGCUAUUACCGUGACAAUGCCUUACGCGAUUUAUAUGACGUAUUAUGACUUAGACAUUGGUAGAUUUUGCGAGGAAACCUGGCCAUCGGAGAAACUACGACGCAUUUUUGGUUCAGUAACAUCGGUAUUACAGUUUGUUUUGCCUUUUAUUGUAAUUGCUUUUUGUUAUACUUGUGUAAGUUUUAAAUUGAAUGACAGAGCUAAAGCAAAAGCUGCAAGCAAAAAUUCACGUAAGGAGGAGUUUGAUAAAAACAGAAAGCGUAGGACAAAUCAGAUGUUAAUUGCAAUGGUGACAAUUUUUGGUGUCUCUUGGCUCCCUUUAAACAUUAUUAACCUUUGCAAUGAUUAUUACAUGUAUGCCAUUCAUCUGAAAUAUUACUUCCUCAUAUUUUUUGUUGGUCACGUCAUCGCUAUGUCUUCAACAUGUUACAAUCCUUUUAUAUACGCAUGGAUGAAUGAAAACUUCCGCAAGGAAUUCAAACAAUUGAUUCCCUGCAUAGAAACUUCUACACAGCUCAGAGGCAACAUUCAGAUGGAACAAUUAGGAGUUGGUCCAUCUGAGAAGACAUUCAAUGGAAAUACUACAACAGACAGCUAUCUAUCUAGUUCGAAUCGAGCUACAUCAUUUAGACACAAAAGAAAACCUAGUGCAGCGGCUGAUGUUGAAAAAAGUGGGGUUGAAUUAAACGAAGAUCUACUUAAUGUAGACGUUAAGCAUUGCCAUAUCUCGACUAGUUACAAUUUGAGACGAGAAUCGGUGAAGUUGCGACUCAUCAACGAGGAGUCAUUUGAUGGAUCACCAACACAAAGCCAAUUCUAA